CAGUUUCCACUGCUCCUGCGCCGCAGCAGCUGAACAUCAUCAGCAGUCAUGGCGAAGAGCUGAACUGCUUGAGCUGUGUGCUGCCUGAGGACCUGCUGGUGGACAUCCUCUGUGAGAGGCUGAAGAGUAAUGACUGCUACAAGGGAGUGGUUUUUGAUGGCUUGGAGAGCCUCUUCACAAGCAGCCUGGAAUCUUCCCUGCUCUGUGUACUCAAAGCUGUCAAGAAUCGUCGUCAUAUCUUCAUGGUGAACCUGCAUCAUGAUUAUGCUUCUUGCAAAGCCCAGGAAGAAGCUAAAAGAAAGAGGGAGGAAGCUAAAAGAGAGGAGGAAGAACUGCGGCGGGAAAAAGCUUUACAGAGGAAGAUAGAACAUAUCUUGAAAAUGGAUGAGGAUGAAUAUGAUGCUCUCCCUAAGAAGAAGAAAGCACUAGUGGGUAAAAUACUGGAAAGGAUACUUAUACGGAAGGACAGGGAGCGGAAGCAGCUGGCUAAAAAGCUUGAGGAGGAGGCAAAAGCCUUAGAGGAGGAAGAGAGGCGGAAGGAAGAAGAGCGGCAGAGGGAGGAAGAGAGGCUGAAAGAGGAAGAGAAACGGAAGAAGGAAAAGAAGGGUGUCUCCAUGGGGAAGCAGCCUGCAAAACCAGAGAAGGGGAAAACCAAAAUCCCAGAGGAGGGAGAAACUAAAGCCCCAGAGAAGGCAGAAACCAAAGCCCCAAAGAAGGGGGAAAGCAAAACCCCUGAGAAGGAAGACAAAGCUCCAGAGAAGGGAGAAACCAAAGCCCCAGAGCAGGGGGAAACCAAAAUCCCAGCGGACCCAGCUGAGAUGGAGAAGAACUUGAUCCAGAGGUUUGAGAUCUAUGAGUCAUCACAGCAGAAUGUUAUGCAGGUUUUCUCCUACUGGAACAGGGUUCAGGGUACUGUGCAGUUACCUGUGAUUCAAAAGGGAAACAAGUCCCAGCCUUCAUCUGAAAUCAAAGGUCAGAAGAGCAGUAAGCCUCAGGAGAAGGUGGAGAAGAAGCCUGAACAAAAACAGGGAGACCAAAGGAGUCUUCAGUCAUCUCAUCUGGAGACACCAAGCAAAGUUACAGAAGAGGCAGUCAGAGACAAGCAUGUCGGGGUGCCAUGCCUGGACAUCCAGGUCACAAAUCCAAAGGCCAUGAUUAGGGAGAUCCUGAGGAAAGGGAGGCUGCCAACAGAAGACCAGAUGCUGAAAUAUUUGGGACUGCAUCCCAAAGGGCCUCGCCUUCCCCCUGCUGCUGUCCUCUCCAUAGUCGACUACCCAGAGGAGCGGCUGGGCUCUGCAGAGCUUGUGAAGCCCUUCACCAUUGCUGCACCAGAAGACAAUCUGGCCGAGGCCCCAGAUGAGAAGGGCAGUUCUGCUGAGGGCCAGCCAAAGAAGGGUAAAGCAGCCAGCAGUGACAAGUCUACAAAGAAGAACCAGGUCUCUACAGAGAGAACAGAAAGUCCCCGGGAUUCCUCCACAACAAGAUUGAAAAGUGCGCUGAAAAGUGCCUCAAUCCCCACAGAAUUCCUCAGGCUGAAACGGUACCGCUGGAUAGUGCCUGCCCUCGGUGAGGUGGAACUGAAGGUCCACUUCUCCACCAAAAAGCCGGGGAAGUUUGAGCAGACGCUGAGGUUUGAGCUGAUGGGGACAAAGCGGCAGUACGAGCUGCCCUGCAGUGGCACCGGCCUGUACCCCAGCAUCAGCCAGAACCCACGGCUGGUGUUUCCACAGUGGAGAGAGACCAUGGAGGAGGGUGAAAUCAUCUUCAAGGAGUAUGUUGAGAGCACCAAGCAAUUCCACUUUGGACCGCUGCUGUGUGGGAAAUCAAGAGAGUGGUACAAGGCCCAGAACUGUCCUGCCAACUCGGAGAAUAUAACCAUCCUCAACAACUCCCCCAUGGACGUAGAGGUCCAGUUCUUCUUUGAGGAUGAUGAGAAAGCAGAGACAUUCCUUCUGGACCCUCCCAGCAUGACCCUGAAACCAAAGGAGAAGCAGGAGCUGACCAUUUGGGCAUACCCCACUUCCCCUGGCUUCCUGGAAGACAAACUCAUCUGCUGCAUUGACAAGAACCCAGAGCCAGUGGUCUUCAGCGUGUGCUGCCAUGGGGUGCACGUGAAGCUGGAGGUCAGCCCCCUGGAGCUGUCUUUUGACAAGCUGCUUCUGCACAGGACUGACAGCAGGACCUUGGUCCUGAAAAACAACACCCUACUGCCCAUGGCCUGGCAGCUCAGUGGGCUGGAUGACCUUGUUGAGGACUUCUCCUUGUCCCAAGAUAACGGCACCAUUGAUCCUGGCUCAGAGAUGGAAGUGACAGUGGAUUUCGAGGCCCAGCAGAUUGGCAACAUUGAGAAGACCCUCCGACUAGAGGUUUCAGAUACAGAAAACAUCUGCCUCAGGUUUCAGAUACAGAAAACAUCCUGGGGAUUGUUCAGGCUGAAAACAUCAUAA